GACGGGCCGAGCGGCUACGCGGUGCGCGUCUCGCUCUCCGACUUCUCCUCCUCGGGCGUCGAGUAUCUCAACCUCGCCGACACGAACUCGAACCUGAAGGGAUUCUGGGGCGGCUUCGUCACUGACGCACACGCCUACUACGUGCCGCACAACAACGGCGGGCGGAGCGGCUACGCGGCGCGCGUCUCGCUCUCCGACUUCUCCUCCUCGGGCGUCGAGUACCUCAACCUCGCCGACACGAGCUCGAACCUGAAGGGGUUCAUUGGCGGCUUCGCCACCGACGCACACGCCUACUACGUGCCUCACUACAACGACGGCGGGCGGAGCGGCUACGCGGCGCGCGUCUCGCUCUCCGACUUCUCCUCCUCGGGCGUCGAGUACCUCAACCUCGCCGACACGAACUCGAACCUGAAGGGGUUCAUUGAAGGCUUCGUCACUGACGCACACGCCUACUACGUGCCGCACCACAACGGCGCGCUCAACGGCUACGUGGCGCGCGUCUCGCUCUCCGACUUCUCCUCCUCGGGCGUCGAGUACUUCAACCUCGCCGAGACGAACUCCAACCUGAAGGGGUUCAUUGGCGGUUUCGCCACCGACGCACACGCCUACUACGUGCCGUACAACAACGGCUCGCCCCACGGCUACGCGGUGCGCGUCUCGCUCUCCGACUUCUCCUCCUCGGGCGUCGAGUACCUCAACCUCGCCGACACGAACUCGAACCUGAAUGGAUUCUGGGGCGGCUUCGUCACUGACGCACACGCCUACUACGUGCCGCACAACAAUGGCGGGCGGAGCGGCUACGCGGCGCGCGUCUCGCUCUCCGACUUCUCCUCCUCGGGCGUUGAGUACCUCAACCUCGCCGACACGAACUCCAACCUGAAGGGUUUCACGGGCGGCUUCGUCACUGCCGCACACGCCUACUACGUGCCGCACGCCAACGACGGCGGGCGCAGCGGCUACGCGGCGCGCGUCUCGCUCUCCAUCUAA